AAAUGUUUUUGACGAGAAUUAUUAAAAAAUCCACGAUGGCAAUAAGCCCGAUCAAGCAGCAAUGCAAGCUGUAUUCGUAUCAUGCAUCGAGGAAUACGAUUCACCCUGCGAUCCAAUUAUCGGGAAGUUUACGUUUCUGCAGUGACAGCCCAAUUAAAUGUUGGAAUUGCAAUUAUAUAUACAAAUCUGACCUGUUCUGUUCAAAGUGCAAGGUGUUGCAGGAAUUACCACAGAACUUGGACUAUUUCGACAUCAUAGGAAUUAAAAAAAAUUAUAAUGUGGUAAAUGAAGAAAUACAUAAAAAAUAUACAGCAUUGCAAAAAAUGUUACAUCCUGAUAAAUUUGGUAACAAAUCUGAGAAAGAAAGACAAAUCUCAGAGAAUUUAUCUUCUCUAAUAAAUAAGGCUUAUAGUACAUUGGUGCAUCCAUUAAAAAGAGGGUUAUAUAUGUUACAAUUAAAAGGUAUAUCGAUACCAGAAGCGACCACCAGUUUGAAUCCAGAAUUUCUUAUGGAGAUUAUGGAGCAAAAUGAAGAAAUAGAAAAUGCGAUGGAGGACAAAGACAAAAUCAUCAAAUUGGCCAAAGAAUCCAAAGAAGUACUUGAUACAUUGUCAAAGCAAGUGGCAGAAGCAUUCAAUAAAGAAGAUAUUGAAACAGCAACAAAGAUCUUGAUAAAAAUGAAAUAUUAUGAUACUAUAGAUAAUAGAUUAAAAAGGCUAAAGCAUGAUCUAGGUAUAGUAGAAUAAAUAUAUUAUAACUUUUGCAACAAAUUUUCUGUUUUUAAAUCAUUGUUCUUUAAUGCAUUACAUAUCAAAAAACCAUGUUUUUGUAUAUGUAACUUAUGCACAAAUUUUUAUAAUUGCAACAAGUUAAAGUGUAAAUAAUGCAUUAGUCUAAUUUAAAAAAUGUAAAUAAAACAAGAGAGUGUGUCAGA